CCAAAUGACUGAUGCUGCACAUAUGCGUCACUAUACAACAUUCCUAUUAUACUGUUUAUUUUAACAUGAAACAAGUUUAUGAAUGAAAUAUUAAAGGUUUUCCUAGGGCCCCAAAAAUACGGGUACCGGUAGGCCAAGCCUUACGAAGUUUCCGUUUAGAGAGUAGCAGCGCCGACUCGCUCUGCCGCCAUCCGUGGACGUACAAAAUUGCUGCCGCUUUGGAACUGGAAUAAAGAGUAAAUCUCUAAAUUAAUUGACUCAGAUUCAGGCAAUAAUGUGCUAAAAAGACGAAUACUAUAUAUAGGGCCUAUAGACCUAGCAUGAAGUGAUUUAAAAAAACAUUCGUUUUGUAGACACCCAUAUAGGGUGUCUAUAAAACGAAGACCGAAAAACUGAGGUUGACUUAAAAUGCAUCUUUAUAUAGAAUAAUGACUAAAAAUAGAAAUUUCCAUUUCUGGUCUAUAGAGGGCGCUGUAGACGAUGUUCCUACCUGAAAAUAUUCGCUAUAUGGUUCAUAGUACAAGUAGUACAAAUGUGCCAUGUUUCAUGCUUUUAACACAUAAGUGCACGAUUUUUUGACCUUUACCUGAAGUGUAAGUAUUCUAACAGUUGUUCAGAAUGUGCAUAUCAACCAGAUAGGCCUAAGUUACUGGAUAAAUCGAUAUCAAUGGAUCGAUUUUUUAAGAUAUUUUUUCUGGCUUGUAUAACUGUUGUAUUGUUUUAUAUAAUAACACUGAUUCCAAAUUGCAAUGUAGGCCUAAUUCAUAAAAGAAUAAAAGGCAGCAAUACUCAACAUACAGUAUUGCAAAGUAUUAGGAAUAAGGAAACACAGACCGUAGGCCUACAAAGUUGCACGCCGAGGAAAAACAUCGUGUUUUUGAAACUCACAAAACAGGCGGAACAACGCUAGCACGAAUACUUGAACAAUAUGCUUUCGACAACAAACUAAAUGUGGUUAUUAAAAAAGGAAAAUACACAAAUUUUCACUUUGCAAAUGUGAAUUUUAAUUUUACUUCAAAGAAGAACUUCGUACCCCCGAUGGGCGUCAAACAAGGAGAUUAUAAACAUUAUAAGUACAAUGUUUUUGCGCUACAUGCUCUAUAUAAUAGGCCGGUUUAUGACUCGUUUAUGGAAAAUGGCUCGAUUUAUGUGACUUUAUUACGAAACCCGGUCUCUCAGUUCGAAUCUACUUUUGAUUUUUUUAAUGUUGGGGCAGCCGCUAUAAGAGACAGUUCAUUAAAUAAAACACAGAGAUUACAGGUUUUCUUUAAAGAUCCACUUAAAUAUUGGACUCCACUGAAAGGAUCUCUGCGCUUACUUUCUCGAAAUAAUCAGAUUUGGGAUUUGGGCGUUGAUCCUGCGAAAUGUCCUAAUAGUUUUGUUGUUGAUUAUACGAUUAAACGGUUGGAUAAUGAACUUGAUCUAGUAAUGAUAACAGAAUAUUUUGACGAAUCAUUGUUAUUACUGAAGAAAAAGCUUUGUUGGGAAUUUAAAGACAUUUUGUAUUUGCCUCGAAACGUGAGAAGUUCGCGCGCUACGUUAAAUGUGGGCAUUCGUAAAAACAUAUCAAAGUGGAAUUGGAUAGAUACGAAACUAUACUCUCACUUUCUCAAGCGUUUACAUAAACAUAUAAAGGACUAUGGCCCAGGAUUUGAAGACGACUUAUCUGCUUUCCGUAACAUGACGUCAUUUGUAUAUAAAACAUGUGUUGCUAAUGAAAGUGUACAGACUUUCGGUAAGAGAAAGAUUGCAUUCGACAUGGUUCGUGGUAAUGUCACCGGCCAUGGCGGAAUUUGCAGACGUGUUGGCACAUUAGACGAAUGCAAUUUUGGUAAUGGUUACAUUUUGUUGCUUGAUUUAGCUUACCUAUGUGAGAGUGUUACCUCCAGCAUUACAGAUUUGAAUCCUCACCUCAAGAAUAUGAUGAAGGGAAAUAACAAUAGAACCGUACGCGGUAGGGGUGGUAGUGAUUGAUGAUGAUGAACUUGGUGAAUAUGCCUAAGCCUGUCUUUCAAUGCCACUCAUACAAACUCAAAGUAAAGUAAAGUAAAAGUGGCUUACUACAGUACAUUGAUUGAUUGAUUGAUUGAUUGAUUGAUUGAUUAAUUG